AAAACGACGCCGUUCGGUAAGGCAACUUCAGCGAAACAUGGAUUGUGGAGUCACAGUCAAAGCAAAAGACUAAGAAUAAAGCAAAAAUGAAGACAGUUGCUCGCCUCCAACAGCUAAAAGCUCUGGCGUAGCCUUCAAGUUCAAAGUUUCAAACAUCCAAUAACACUGCUCCAGCCAUCGUUUUCUUUUUCUCGAAUUCCACGAGCUAAACCCGUCAAAUUUGUAUUUUUCAAACUUGUUUUUUUAUUAUGCCCACAUAUAUAUAUAUAUUUUUUUGUUCGUUUUCUUUUCAUAUUUUCAUCCUGCCCUCUGGUCGUCCAUCCUCAGGGUGAGGGGCUGUUUGAUUAUUUGAUUGGGGUUUACAGUUUUGUAUGGAAACCCUUCCCUAUGGUUGGUUGUUAAAGUGCUUUCCUAGUGGUAUUGUUAUUGAAAAUGGAUCAAUUGAUCACGCAGCUGACUAAUAGAUUGGAGAUGUAUGGAAUUUUUUUGGUUGGAAUAGCCUAGCAGAAGAGUCUCUUGCUCCAGACUUGUCCUGCAUUUCCUCCAAAUGCUUCUAGUUUUUAGCUUUCACUUCAGAGAGAAUAUAAUUUCAGAUGGUAAUAGGCAUUUGAGCAAAUAAGAAGGUUCUGGGAUUUCAGUUUUAGAUUUGAAUACCACGGAAUUUAGGCUUAUAAUAGUUGGAUGUAGAGUGGUACCGGAGAAAAUGAAGAAAUGUGCUGGAGGUCUUUUGGUUGGCUCCUUGUUUAUGUUGCUGGUUUUGAGGUAUGGUGUAAUGAAAAGUCCAAUUGGGUUUGAGCCAAUUCAAAGUUCGUUUAUCUUCAAUGUAUCUAAUCCUCUUGAAUGGGUUCAACCUCGGGCUCCACCUGCAGUUCAAAAUCCCGAAAAUUCCAAUAAAUCUGUAUCCCCUGAUACAUUUUCUGGCCUAUUUUCGCGGAGAAAUUUCUCAAGUGAAGUGCUAAGUUCUUUACAGACAUGGAACUGCAUGAAACACUUGACUAAUCAUUCUCGGGGCUUGCCUAAUGCAUUAGAAGCUAUCAGAGAAGCUGGGGCUGCAUGGGUUAACCUUAUGGUUUCUGUUGAGAAGGAACAACAAGGUGAUACAAAUGAAAGCUCACUUGGUCAAUCAAAGGAGAAACAGUGUCCCCAUUUUCUCAAUAAAAUGAAUGCCACAGAAUUGGGUGACAACAGUUAUAAAUUACGUAUCCCAUGUGGCCUUGUUCAGGGAUCUUCAGUCACUAUUAUUGGCAUUCCAAAUGGCCUUCUUGGUAAUUUUCGGAUUGACUUAACAGGUGAACCACAUCCAGGGGAGCCAGAUCCUUCCAUUAUUUUGCACUACAAUGUUCGACUUCAUGGCGAUAAGAUAACUGAGGACCCUGUCAUUGUCCAAAACACAUGGACUGCAGCUCAUGAUUGGGGUGAAGAGGAGAGGUGCCCCUCAACCGUUCCCAGCAGUAAUAAGACAGUGGAUGAUUUGAUCCAGUGCAAUGAGAUGGUGGGUAAAAAUGAUAGCAACAAGUUGACAGCUAGUGAAUCUCCAAAGAUUUCUACACACUCAACCUUGUCAUGGAACAGAGCUAGAGCCAGGCGGUACUUUCCAUUCAAGCAAGGGUAUCUAUCUGUUAUGACGCUUAGGGUAGGAGAAGAAGGGAUUCAGAUGACAGUUGAUGGAAAGCACACAACAUCCUUUGCUUACCGUGAGAGUUUGGAGCCAUGGCUUGUCAGUGAAGUAAGGAUAUCUGGAGACAUAAAGUUGAUCUCUGUAGUGGCCAGUGGGUUACCCACAUCAGAAGAUCUUGAACACAUUGUUGAUCUGGAAACACUGAGAUCAGUUCCAGUUCGACCUCGACAGCCAGUGGAUCUCUUCAUUGGUGUCUUUUCUACAGCCAACAAUUUCAAGCGUAGGAUGGCUGUUCGGAGGACAUGGAUGCAGUAUUUAGCAGUGAGGUCAGGGGCAGUUGCCGUGCGCUUUUUUGUUGGUCUGCAUAAAAAUCAGAUGGUGAAUGAGGAACUCUGGAAGGAGGUGCAGACAUAUGGAGACAUUCAGCUGAUGCCUUUUGUUGACUAUUACAGUCUUAUAACCUGGAAGACCAUAGCAAUUUGCAUCUUUGGGACUGAAGCUGUUUCGGCCAAGUAUGUGAUGAAAACAGAUGAUGAUUCAUUUGUUCGUGUGGAUGAAGUGCUUGCUUCUUUAAAGAAGACCAAAGUGACUCAUGGGUUGCUGUAUGGUCUUAUUAACUCUGAUGCUCGACCUCAUCGUAGUUCUGACAGUAAAUGGUACAUCAGCCCUGAGGAAUGGGCAGGAGAAACUUAUCCACCUUGGGCACAUGGUCCUGGUUACGUGGUGUCAAAUGACAUAGCAAAAACAGUGUACAAGAGACACAAGGAAGGUCAUUUAAAGAUGUUCAAGCUGGAAGAUGUAGCAAUGGGGAUCUGGAUAGCAGAGAUGAAGAAGGGGGGAAUGGAGGUUAGUUACAUAAAAGAAGAGAGGGUCUAUAAUGAGGGGUGCAACGAUGGGUACGUUGUUGCCCACUACCAAAGCCCCCGCGAAAUGCUCUGCCUGUGGCAGAAGCUGCAACUAGGAAACGGAGCUAAAUGCUGUGGGAAUCGUUAAGCUGGUAGUUAUAUAACUUUACUGGGCCUUGGGCAUUGAAUUGAAGGUUAACUAGAGUUCUUCAAACAGAAACCGAGACAAAACACACCAUGCAGAAACUCAAAGUAACCAAGCUGAACAAGUAGAGACAUUAGUUCAAUCCUUAGCCAUAUAUAUUUUUUUUCUUGUAGAUAUAUGAACCGAUACCAGAUGUACUUGCAAAUAGUAAGGGGCCAGUGGUUGGCUUACUAGAUGUUGGAUUUAUUAUGGUUUGAGUGAUCCCAGCAUAACCUGGAGGAAAAGAGAGUUGUUUGUAUAGGGCGUAAUCCAUAGGAAGGAAGCAGUUAUGCUGUAUGACAUUCUAUAACAUUCUUUGAUUCAUAAUUCUACUGUUUCUUCUGUCAAAAAGGUCACUGUAAUGUGGGUGCCACAGCCUCAAUAUUGAAUAUACCUGGAUUUUCAAGUCCA